CGUCGCUUUCAGAACUCCGAUCACGUGAACAUACGCGUCGUUAGUCGUCCGGGUUCAACGUACAUAAUGGUAGAUAUUACGUUUAUCGCCACGGAAUAACAUCACUUAAUAAUAUUAUAUCGUACAAUUAUGCUUUAAGAAUGCGCAAGAUUUUUCCGUGUGAUAUCCAGAAUAAUAUUUUACCGCAAGAAUAACUUACUCUUUCGCGACUUUKUUUUUAAAKAAAAAUAAUAUAUUGAGUUUAAAGGUUUUAGUUUUUGAGCGAAACGACGAAUACUCGCGAUCCGGUGGCACUCGAAGUGGAUGUAGAGCACAGAUCGCGGAAAUGAUCGACGGCGGCCACCGCUGAGCGGCCAUGAACGACGACGACGACGGUGGCCUCRGCGUCGGUGCAGACGGACGGCGUACGGUCCGGCACCACGGCAGGCACCACAAAAUGGCACAGCCGAACAGAUGGCCGUCCGCGGGCGGGUCGGUGGCCGCGGCGUCGGUGGCCGACGUCGUUCGCCCGGCCGCGUCCACCGCGGGCCGACAUCACCGCCGGCACGACGCGUUGGUCACUGCGGCCGGCAGCAACGACACCGCGGCCAGGUCACCGCAGCCGCCGCCGCCACCGCAUGUUCUGCCGCACGCCGCGCCGGACAGCAUGUGCUACACGACCAACGAAGUGCUUGUUAUCAUAGCCGUCACGUGUUUCCUCAACUUUGCGUUCAUAUUGCUCAUCAUGACAUGCGUGCACUGCUUCACGGACCCGUCGCAUCACAAAAAAUUUGGCUCGGUAGCGUACGCGGAACUCGGCGACGAGCUGUUCGACGCGGACAUGAUCGACGGGGACACAGUGACCCUGCUGAACCCGACCAAGUCAUCGCGAGACGCACUGGACUACGCGUACGAGAAGAAAAACUGUUUCGGCGAAUGCGAUCUAGAGUCGUGCGCACCCUACCGGGGCCUGAUACGUGACCACCGGUGCAAGUCCAGGAGGAAAUCGGAAGACGACCUGCUCAACGCCGCGUUCGAAUGACCUCGAUGGGCGGUCGCCCCGGACCGGUGCCGGGCGCGGUCCGACACGUUCGU